CACUACAAGUCAGAGUACGUAAGGCUCUCGCUUCACCCGAACUCAGAUAUCCUGCACCCAGAGGCACAUAUCGACCACAUCGACACCGACGGAUCUCUUGUCAAGAGAGAGUUCUUCGCAGACGACGAAUCUCUCCGCGAGAUCGCAUACAAAGGUCGCGCAUCCGUUCUGACCGAGCAGAAUUACUGGAGAUCAACCGGAUGGGCACGAGUUGUCCUCCUACGAAAGAGCGCGCGGGAUCCUGUUUUCGAGGGUGCAUUCCAGGUUGACGGGGAGACUAUUCAGAUUCAGACGCAGCAACGGUGGGCAUUGACUGCUCGGCCUGAGGAUGUGGAGUUUUAUGCUGGAGCGGAGGAGAAGAUGGUUGCCUGGCGUGACGCGGAUCAGGGAACGUUGGAGAAGCGAGUGUUGGCUGAGGACACGUGUUCUCUUCAUGGUCUGGAUGUGCUUGACAAGCGGUCCCGAGAAGGUUACACGCCCUCCUCCGAAUCACCUUUCCUUGACAUCAACCUCGACCUUGUAAAGCGUCAGUCAGACACCGGUAGCACUGGAACCGCUUUUUCCUACUCUCAGCUCCAAAGCACCGUCGGUGAAACCACCGGAUGUCCCACAAAACGUAUGGUCGCCUACGUUGGUGCAGCAGCAGAUUGCUCCUACACGACUCUCUACACCAACGAAUCGUCUACCCGCCAGCACAUCAUCAACCUCUACAACACCGCCUCCCAACUCUACGAAUCAUCCUUCAACAUCUCGCUUGGUUUGCUCAGUUUGACGGUCAGUUCGGCGGAUUGUCCCACGACGGCUAGUUCGAGCGCGCAGUGGAACGUGGAGUGUUCGGAUAGUGUGAGUAUCGAUGAGCGAUUGAGCUUGUUCUCGGAGUGGAGAGGUGACAGCUCGAGGAGCGGUGACGGAAUCGCCGUGUGGACCUUGUUCACCACCUGUGAUACCGGAGCAGAGGUUGGUGUCGCAUGGGUUGGAUCACUAUGUCAAGGUACCGCCUCCGCAUCCUCCGAUAACGGGACGUUCUACUCAGGCGCGAGUGUCGUGGCGUCGAGUACGCAAGAAUGGAAGGUCCUCGCACACGAAGUCGGGCAUGUCUUCGGUGCCGUACACGAUUGUACAUCGAGCACAUGUGGUGGAUCCACCGUCUGUUGUCCUCUGAGUUCAAGCACCUGCUCCGCUAAUGGUGCAUACAUCAUGAACCCCUCCACCAGUACCAACACGAAUGCGGAUACCUUCUCACCUUGCUCGAUUGGAAAUGUUUGUAGUGCCAUGCUCAGGUCUAUCACGGAUUCCUCGUGUCUGGUGAGUAACCAGAACGUCACCCUCAUCACCUCUGGCGAAUGUGGAAAUGGAAUUGUGGAGGAUGGGGAGGACUGUGAUUGUGGUGGUGAAGCUGGGUGUGGAGACAAUACUUGUUGCGAUCCCACGACUUGCAAGUUCAUCAACAACGCGGUAUGUGACGACGCGAACGAGGCAUGCUGUACCAAUUGUCAGUUCUCAUCGAGUACGACUGUGUGUCGUGCCUCGAUUGGAGAGUGCGAUUACGCGGAGUACUGUCCCGGAAACUCAAGUUCGUGCCCGAGUGACAGGUUCAAGGAUAACGGAGAUUCGUGUGGUAACUCCAGCCAAGGACUUGCCUGUGCCUCGGGCGUAUGCACGAGUCGCGACUUGCAAUGUCAGCAGGCAAACAUCACUGGUACGAUUGGCGAAGCAUGCAGUGUCAGCUACAACCCUUGUCUGCUUUCUUGCUACUCCAGCCAGGACUCAAACACCUGUGUCCUUAACAACCAGUACUUCAUCGCCGGUACCUCCUGUGGGUCAGGCGGCUACUGCUCCGGCGGUCAAUGUGUUGGACAAUCCGAGUUUGGUGAUGUCGGGUCUUGGGUCGACAGGCACAAGAGUGUGGUGAUUAUCAUCGCGUCCGUGAUUGGAGGGCUGAUCAUCGCCACUAUUGUUGCGGGAUGUUUGAGGCGGAAGAUCAUGGCGAGUAGGGCGAAGAGGAUGGCA